AUGCCAGACUCAACCCCCUCCGACGACGCCAUCUCAGCGAACCGCUCCACCCUCCGCGAGUUUCUCGCUUCCCUAUCCACAAUUCGAGGCGACCUCUCCACAAUCACCGCACCACCCUUUGUCCUCGACACAAAAUCCACCGUCGAGCUCCCGCAAUACUGGGCAGAGCACCUUGACUCUUUCGUCGCCCCAGCGCAAAGCAAUGACCCAGGAGAACGUAUGCUUCGCGUCCUCAAGUGGUGGCUCUCAAGUCUACGCGGCCAGCAGUACGCCGGACGAGACCCGAACAGUGGCGUGAAGAAGCCGCUGAACGCCGUGCUAGGGGAGUGUUUCGUCGGCUGGUGGGAUUCGGAGGAUCGCGAUCAGGGGAUUGGAAGGACGCAUCUCGUGUCGGAACAGGUCUCGCAUCAUCCUCCGGUGACGGCCUGCAGGGUGUGGAAUGAUGAGCUAGGUGUUGAGGCUGAGGGAUUUACGAGACAGGAGAUCACUUUCAGUAUGAGCAGUGGUAGCGUCAACAUCGCGCAAAUGGGGUAUGCUCUGUUCAAGUUACGGAAGGUUCCCGGCGGAAAUGGGCAGGGAAAUGAUGAAGGUGAGGUGUACCUUAUCCCGCUGCCAGACGUGCGAGUCAAGGGCGUUCUAUCUGGCACGCCAUAUCCUGAGCUGGGUGGUUCUUACCAUAUUCCGUCAACAAGUGGAUGGGGAGCAGAAGUGGAGUUCUCGGGUAAGGGAUUUUUGGGAAUCGGUGGUGGCAAGAGCGGGAAGAAUGGGUUCGAAGCGAAAGUUUUCCAGCAUUCAGAGGCGUCUUCACACGGUUCCGGCACACCCGUUUGGACGAUAAGUGGCAACUGGGACAGCAGCUUCACAAUCAAGGACAAGAGCGGACAUGUCCUUGAAGAGGUGGACGUGGCAGCUAUGCCUACAGCAGAUCUACAACUUGUCCCAGAAGAGAAAAUGGAUCCCUACGAGACACGUCAGGUCUGGAAGGAUGUACGGAAAGCUUUGAACAAGGGAGACAUGCAGGGCACGAGCAGUGCUAAGAACAUUGUCGAGCAAGGCCAGAGAGACAUGCGGAAGCAGGAGGAACAGGAGGGAAAGACGUGGCAGAGGUUAUUCUUCUCUGAUGUCGGUGAAGAUGUUGUGGCAGAAAAGCUCAGAAGCAGUAUCGGCACCAAAUUGGACAAAGAGCAGACCGUGGGCAUAUGGAAAUUUAAUUCCCUGGCGUGGGACGAGAAGCAGAGGCCUUGGAGGGGCGGACUGAGACCAGACAACACGUCGUCUUCCGCUCAGCAGCCGAGUUCGGCUAAGCGAGAGAGCCAAGUCAACGGUGUCGCAGCAGUGCAGCCGCAUGGCCAUGACCGGACGUCGGAUUCAGCCGAACGUAGAACGUCUGCUGCGACCGGGAUGUCAAGCGAGGCAGGCGCAAUCAACGGCCAUACCCCAGCGACUUCUGCAGAUAAGGUGGACUCACAAUUGCAGGGCAAAGACCGACGGAGCGAAGUCCAAGAUGAUGAAUUGGCGAACGGAGUGGACGACAUGUCAUUGAGAGAACAGACAGCUGUGGAAGAAUUCAUCAGAGCUCAGUAUUCGUCUCGAUCGAAACGACAUUCGGGUCACCGAAAAGGAUGA